GAGGGGGGCGGGGGGGGAGUGGCUUCUAGGGCACAAAUCUCGCCGGAAUAUUCUCGCCUCCGAUCGAAUCUGGCCGGAAUCCGAGCGGAGACCUCGCCGGAGCCAUGUCUUCCGGCAGGUACAUGGCCUUCUCUCCUUCCCCCUCCACCGCCUCCCCUUCACCUCACCACCUCUCCGCCGCCCUCCGCUCCUCCGCCUCCUCCAUCGCCGACCAGGAGAAGUAUCUUGCUGAAUUGUUCGCUGAGCGCCACAAACUCAGCCCUUUCGUGCCGGUGCUUCCGAAUUGCUAUCGGCUGUUGAACCAGGCAGAAAUAUUGCGUGUUUCUACUCUUUUGGAGAAUGCAUCUCUUUUAAACCAAAGUGGGCUUGAACAUGGUAGCCCCCUAACAACCGGAGGACUAUUUUCAAAUGGAAGAGCAGCUGAAAUGAAUGGGUGGGCAUCAGCAUUUCAAUCAGAACCUUCAUCUGCUCACAAUUGGCUCGGGUCCCAAAGUAACUCCUCAGGUCUCAUUGUCAAGAAAACCAUCAAGGUUGAUAUUCCUGUAGACAAGUAUCCAACAUACAACUUUGUUGGCCGCCUCCUGGGUCCUAGAGGAAAUUCACUUAAGCGAGUUGAGGCAACUACUGAUUGUCGUGUUCUAAUAAGAGGUCAGGGCAGCAUCAAAGAUCCAGCCAGGGAGGAGAUGAUGAGAGGAAAACCAGGGUAUGAACAUCUGAACGAACCCCUUCACAUAUUGGUUGAGGCAGAGCUACCCGCUGAAAUUAUUGAUGCUCGUCUGAUGCAAGCUCGGGAUAUCCUUGAAGAUCUGCUCAAGCCUAUGGAUGAAUCACACGAUUUCUUCAAGAAGCAGCAGCUUAGGGAGCUCGCCUUGCUCAACGGCACGCUCCGUGAGGAAGGAAUUCACAUGUCGGGUUCGGUCUCCCCCUUUCACAACAGUCCCGGCAUGAAGAGAGCCAAGACAAGGGGGUAAACUAAAAACAUGUUAGAAGCCGUUAAGCCCUCUUAUCACCAAUAUUCCGUCUGCCUUUCGGAAUCAGACAUGCUGGCUGAUGCCCCCAGACUUCCAUGCUGGCCAUCAGCACCAGCACCAAAGGACGUUCCUAAGGUUAAUAUAUAUGUGCGUUCUGCUAUUGAAGAGUUUCUGCUUAUAUGUUUGCUUUGAGGGAAGUGAGCCAUAUUAGGUUUUGCCUAAGUUUGCAUUUUGUUUGUUUUCUUAAUUGCCAAGAGGGAGUUGAUAGUAUAUUUAUGUAAUAUUGGUAUGUGACGGUGCUUGCCUUUUGAGAUCUUAGUAGUAAUAGGGAUUUGAAGCCAUAAAGAAAAGAAGAAAAAGUAAAAAAGAGUUAAAUUUCUAGUAUGAUUUUGGAGACAGUAUAAUA